UUUCGCAAAAGGAAAUAAAAGAAGGAAAGAAUAUAAUAAAGAAGAAGAAGAAGAGAAAAGCUGAAGGCUUCGUCCUCGUUCGUGAACGUUGGAAGUUUGUUUUCAGCCUUUCGUCUCUUACGCUUGCAGUGUUGUCGGAUUGCGCGAGCAGCGUUCGAACGUUGCGCCGUGUCCCGCCGCGUACUGCCUCCCCCUUUACUUCUCUCUUAGACUCUUGAAACAUUUUCGUUUCAAGAAACUCAUGUGCUGGGAAAAACAGGAUCGUGAAGAAUAAUCCGAUUGGAAUAUAAUCGUUCGAAGUGAAAGGUAUCAGAGUAGUAUUACUGCGUACAUAAGAUCGUGUGUUCUCAGUUAACUUCUCGCUGAUCUCUGAUCUCAAAAGAGAGAGAGAGAGAAAGAUAGAGAGAAAGAGUUAGUUAAAGAACAGCAGCGCAGAAGUGGUAGUAAGGAGGAACGUGCGGCCAUUAUUCGAAAUUCGGUGGAUCGCGCGGUGUUGCCGGGUUGUUGUUCGGCGCGAGUAUUUCAACGCUUCGAGACACGACGAUUCCGAGAAGGAUAAUCAUCUCUGUUGUUGGGCGGUGGUGCGAGUGGGAAAGAAAUAGUUGGACAAUAACCAGUGAAGGAAUAAGAAAAACGAGGGCUUUUAUGCCGGGCAAAAGUAAUUUUCAUUACGUCGAUACUACGACGCGGAUUGUUCGAACGUCGUCGCUUCGGCGGGCGGCGGAGGGACAGUGAUUUUUUUUUGUUCGUUUAAGUGUGAACGUUCGAAGAAAACAAAGCAUUGUAGUAUAUUAGAGAAAAGAAAAAUAAGGAAAAGAAGUAGAGGAGAGAGAGAGCGACGUUUGCGCGCUCUAGAAGGUGUAACAACGAAAAAUAUGAGCGCAAGAGUGUUGAAUCCGGCGAUGAUGACGGAAAUGAGUCGGAACUUAGGGGGAGGGCGAACGGUGCCGAGCACAGCAGCUCUCGCGCGCGUUAGAAGGGAUCUGUUUGGUCCUGUUGACCAUGCCGCUGCUCGUGCCUUGGCCGAACGCGAGUUACGUGCCCAAUCUUUGUUGGAUACCGAGAGAUGGGGAUUCGACUUUCACUUGGAAAUGCCCAAAUCUAAUUCAAGAUAUGAUUGGGAGAUUGUUACGUCGAAGGAUAUUAUACCGGAGCCUUAUGCGCUUCGCAGUAUGCCCUAUUUGAGGAAACACGCGCCUUCGACGCCAAGAAAAUGCGAAGAUAAUAAUGUUGUUGUACAACAGCAGCAAACUACAACUCUUCUUUCUACGCCUCCCCAACGAACGUUGAAUGGAAUGACCAAUGUGAAAGCAGCGGUGGCAACAGCAACAACACCAGCAGCCACCACUGCUACCGCGGUCGUUGUCGUUGCAGCUUCGACUACGACGAUAGCAACAGCACCUAUUAUUACCAAUGGAAAAUCGAAGAAAACUACGAUUAAUCAACGAGCACAAGAAGAUGAAACUACAGAAGAAAUUUUCGAUGAAAAUACCAAGUCCGAAAGGACACCACCUCAACGAGAAAGAUCAAGAGUACCAGAAAUUGGCGAAAGUACGCCGAAUGAAACCUCCUCCGAUGAUCAUACCACUUAUGAGAGUUCCAGGAAAAAGAAAUAUUCCACCAUUGAACCUUCUACGCCUGUCUUGCCGAUGAGCACGAGAAAAAUCACGACCAUCACGCACUACAUGAAGAGUCGUAAACGUCGUCUAAACGGUGGUACGAAGAGUGUAAUAGAACCACCGGAAAAGGUUGCACGUAAUGCAGGACAAAUACGCAGCUAAAGAGGCCUUCGGCAUUCUCCUUCAGCCUCGUUUCUAGUUUUUCUUCUUCGAUGAUCCAAUAUAGCGUGUUGUCUACGUUUCAAAUCAUAUAUCAAAUCAAUUAGAAACACACACGCACAAAAUUCAUCCCUAUAAUUAUUAUUGGGAAUACAUUUUGUUAUUUUUCUAAAAAAAAAA